ACGAUAAUUCAUCCUUUUCUAUGCCGGUACUAGCUGGGAAGGUGCAACUUCGAAAGGUCGGUUAAAACUUUAGCCAUCCACACCAGUAUCCAAAGUAAUCAGGCGUAUAUUUUGCGUCAAAAUUAUAAAGAUGCCUCCAAAAUUUGAUCCCAAUGCUAUAACAAUAGUUCACUUAAGAGCUACAGGUGGUGAAGUGGGUGCCACAGCUUCACUUGCACCAAAGAUUGGUCCUUUGGGUCUCAGCCCCAAGAAAGUGGGAGAUGAUAUUGCUAAAGCAACACAAGAUUGGAAGGGACUUAGGAUUACUGUUAAACUCACUAUACAAAACAGGCCAAGCUACAGUUUCCGUUGUACAUCUGCAUCAUCUCUCAUCAUAAAGGCACUUAAAGAACCUCCUCGUGACAGGAAGAAAGUGAAAAACAUCAAACACAGUGGCAACGUGACAUUCGAAGAAAUUCUCGACGUUGCACGAACUAUGAGAGAGCGAUCAAUGGCAAGACAGCUAGUUGGAACUGUCAAGGAGAUCCUCGGAACUGCUCAGAGUGUUGGUUGCACUGUAGAUGGCAAACCACCGCAUGAUGUUAUAGAAGAGAUCAACGAUGGUGAAAUCGAAGUUCCAGAGGAAUGAAGUGAAGGACGGCUGUUCAUCUUUAUCUCCUUUAGGUGGGCAUGAAGUGUAAUAAAUUUAUUACAAUAAAAAAACACCAAAUGCCUGA